UCCCAAGCUUUCUACUGAGAGACUGAGAGCAAAUCUGGCUAAAGGCAAAAUGGCUAAAGGAUUGGUGCUGCUCUCUGUUGUGGUGGCAAGUGUGUUCAUUAGCCAGGGCUCAACCUCUGAGAAUCAACGGCUCUUCAACAAUGCAGUCAUCCGUGUGCAACACCUUCACCAGCUGGCUGCGAAGAUGAUCACCGAUUUUGAGGAAAGUCUUUUACCUGAGGAACGCAGACAGCUGAGCAAGAUUUUCCCCCUGUCCUUCUGCAAUUCUGACUCCAUUGAAGCCCCCACUGGCAAGGACGAGACCCAGAAGAGCUCUGUGCUGAAAUUGCUGCACAUCUCAUACCGCCUGAUCGAGUCUUGGGAGUACCCCAGCAGGAUCCUCGGAAACCCCAACCAGAUUACAGAGAAGCUGGCUGACCUGAAAGUGGGCAUUAGUGUGCUUAUCAAGGGAUGUCUGGAUGGCCAACCCAACAUGGACGACAAUGAGUCUCUGCCCCUACCAUUCGAAGACUUCUACCAGACCUUGGGUGAUGGCAACCUCAGAAAGAGCUUCCGUCUGCUGGCCUGCUUCAAGAAGGACAUGCACAAAGUGGAGACCUAUCUGAGGGUGGCCAACUGUAGGAGGUCCCUUGAUUCCAACUGCACCCUGUAGGGGACAGCAAAGCACAAUUAGCCACAGCCUGUGAUCUGCUUGCCCUUUUGUGCUGAUCUUGGACACGUUUUCCAUCUUCAAAUUCUCUCCCUACCUUUUCAAAGAGGAACACAAAAUCGGCUCUCGGACCAGCUGCAAAAGCCAGUUAACCACCACUGUGAUCAGGCAUGGCUAAAUGUACUCGCCACUUUCUCAAAACUUCUGUUUUUAUUCUGCUUGCCAAAGAGAACUCAUCCAUUCAUAAGUAUAGUAGAUUGAUGAAUGUCACUUCUUUGUCUCCGCAGCUGUAAGGUUGAAAGUGAGACAUAUUUCAAAGUGGUGCUAUGCAAUAAAUAUGGCUUUAUUUUGAAAAAAGUGGAAAUAAGAGAUAUAUUUACUGGCCUAAAUUUUUACAUUUUGGUAAAAUGAGUUAUUAAUGAUUGUAAAGACAAAAUGAUAGUUAUAAAAAUGAAACAAUCAAAUUAACUUUUGGAUGGAUGAGUAAGCUCCUGGAUAAAUGAUCGUGAGACAUACUCAAAAUUUAUUUUCAUAUCAGAGCCUAUAUUUGUAACUCAUUAGUCAUCUCCGUCUAUUCUUAUGUAUACUGCUUUGUGGUGUUGUUCAAAUAAAGCUGUUCUCUGCAGUAUGA